AGGGGGUCCACCUUUCGCGUGACGAUGGAUUCGCAGCCUUCCAACAUGUUGAGAGGCUCGGAGGUGUGCAGCAGAAGAGCAUCUGGCACAAAUCCACAGGUGGUCAAACGGCUCUUCAUGUCCGUUGGGAAGUCAGUGGUCCGCCUUGAACGCCUCAGCGUGGGUCAAUUGUCCUUGGAGGACUGUGGCCUCUGUGCGCCUGGAGACUUUGCUGAGCUGAGCCAGCAGCAGAUUGAUCGACUAUGGCAGGACCCGGCACCAGUGCAGCCAAAGAAAGGAACCGAGUCCCAAUCUGAAGUCUGACAAGGAGCCCAUCUCCUCAGUCGGUGGACCGUGGACCAUGUGUUUCAGCACACCAAGGCGAACAUCUCGCCGCACGCCGCGUCCAAAACGUCGACGGCAAGGGCAAGGGCAAGGGCAAGCCAAGCCUAACUGGUGCAGAGGCGACUUCAAAA